AUGUCGCAAUUAGCCCGUUGGAUGCGUGCUCACCCGGCAAACUGGUUUCACCAUAUGAAAUGUUUUGCUAUCGGCACAGAAGGGCUUGGAGCAUGCUCUGCCAUUGUAAUAGCAUCGUCCCGUGGUGCUAUUUUUGCUCAUAUCUCGCCUCGCCCGACAGCAUCAGUAUCUGACCCAUAUGCCGGGGACAACAAUAUUUGUCGGUUGAUGGGAGAAGUGACCGCCUUAUACAUGCGUUACCGCGAUGAAUACUUUUCCAGCCAUACAGAUACACUUGCUGUAGGUGCUCUGUAUCAGGGUGCGAUAGCCCUGCCUGACCAAGUGCAAAUUAUGCAUUCAGCACUUAGUCGCUUGGGGCCGAGUGUGUGGACUUAUGAUGUACCCGGAAACUACACCAACCCGGGACAAGGAACUGUGCUCGCCAUCGGUAACCGCGGGCUCACCUCCCUUGAACUCCCCAACGAUGGCCGCGCUCGUAUUUACGUUGAGGACCAGCAAUAUGUUCCGCGGCCGCCGUCCUGA